AUGUUUCAAGGUAUUUCCAUUUCAGGAUCUAACAUUCAACUAUCGCAUUUGUUUUACGCAGAUGAUGCCCUCUUCAUUGGGGAAUGGUCCCAUCAAAACAUAAAAAACCUUGCUAGGUUGCUCAAAUGUUUCUAUGUAUCUUCCGGUUUAAGUGUCAAUUACAGAAAAUCCAAAGUCUUUGGCAUAGGUGUUAAUUCGCAGGAGGUUGAAAAUUGGGCACUACCGCUAGGGUGUGAACCGAGCACAUUGCCAUUCACAUUCCUUGGGAUACCGGUGGGGGAAAACAUGAAUAGAAAAAGCUCCUGGAACUUGAUAAUUGAAAAUUUCAGAAACAAACUUUCUUGUUGGAAAUCAAAGUCCUUAAGUUUUGGUGGGAGGAUGAAUCUUGCAAAGCCAGUUCUUGGGAACCUCCCCACAUUCUAUCUGUCACUAUUUGCCGCUCCAUUGGGGGUUAUUGAGACAUUGGAGAAAAUCAGAAGAAAUUUCAUCUGGGGAGGCACAAAUAAUGAACACAAAAUCCGAUGGGUGACUUGGGACACAAUUCUUGCUCCUAAGGAGGCUGGUGGUCUAGGUAUGGGAUCCAUAAAGGCAAUGAACUUAGCAUUGCUUGCGAAAUGGAAAUGGAAAUUUUUUUCACGAGCAAAACUCGAUAUGGAUUCAGAUAUUAUUCGUCGAAACCAAGAGGAGUCGAGAUGGGAAUUUGAUUUUGCUAUAGAUGGGAAAUUUCACGUUGCAGGGUUACGAGGAACGAUAGAUCGGGCAGGUCACUUGGCUCCGGAUGGAGCUUUCACGUGGAGUAAAUGGAUUCCCAACAAAGUGAACCGCUUUGUAUGGCGAGCAAGGAUUGAUCGAAUCCCUUCAGCGAGUGCUCUUAUGAGGCGAGGAGUUAAUAUUCAAGGCGAAACAUGUAGUGUAUGUAUUUCAGGGAGUGAAACAGCAGAUCAUAUGUUGGUCACUUGUCCUUUUGCAAUUGCAAUUUGGAACCGCAUAUGGAAUUGGUGUGAAAUCAUACUCCCUCAACUGUCUAAUGUCAAGGGGAUUUUAAAUUUCGUAGCCACGUGUGGGAAAUCCUAA